UUUAUUGGUGGUUCUUUCGCAUCCUCACGGUGUAUGAUACAUCUCAAUGCACCGGAAACUUCCAUAAAAUCCAUCAACCUCGCCCAAAUCUCCCUGAUCGAUACCGCGCGUUGAGCAGAAGGGUGAUCAGAGCUAGGGAGAUGGGGGAUGCGUACUGGAAUCGACAAGCGCCCAUGCAUCAACCAGCAGGAUUGGUCAAACGGCCUCGUUCUGACUAUGAUAUUACGCCACCAACAAUGCCUGUGGCUCCGGACAUGCAUAAUUAUUUUGCACGGGAUGAUGAUCGUGGCAUGACUAGGAUAAAGGAUACACAGACAAUUGGAUCAGCAUAUGAUCGUUAUCUUCAGAGUUCGCAUGUUUCUUCUUUCUCUUCUGGAGAAACUAGUAACUAUAAAGGAGUUGGAGUUGGAGUUGGAGCUGGAGUUGGGUUGGGAAGAGUAGGAGGAGGUGAUGUGAUGCCUGGCCUUGCAGCACGUGAUCCUGUUGCUACGGCUCGGGGUGCUGUUGCACCAGAACUAGUAACAAAUGGCAGAGGUAUGGGAUAUGUCGGUCGUUUGCCUGUGGAUGCAAUUGCUAGACCUCGUGAAACAUUACCUCUGCCUCCUGAUGCAUCAAGCACACUAUAUGUUGAGGGGCUUCCCCCUGACAGCACUAGAAGAGAAGUUGCACAUAUAUUUCGCCCUUUUGUGGGCUACAAAGAAGUCAGACUUGUUAGGAAGGAGAGCAAACACCGUGGUGGAGAUCCUCUUGUUCUUUGUUUUGUGGAUUUUGUAGAUGCAGCCUGUGCGGCCACUGCUUUGAGUGCUCUGCAAGGAUAUAAGAUGGAUGAACAUGACCCCGAUUCACCCUACUUGCGGCUACAAUUCUCCAAGUACCCAGGCGCGAGAUCAGGAGGCUCUGGAAACCGUGGCAAGCAGCGAUAAAGACAGCAGACCUAACUAUUUGUAUUAAUGCUUAACACCCCACACCGCACCACACUGAAUAUGGGACUUGCAGUCUUAGAGAGAUUUUUGAACCACGUUUAGCCAAUUUCACACAAUUCUAUCCUUGUUAGGCUUUUAGAUGGAAUCACAGUGCUUCUUUUUCUUUCAUCUCUAGCCAGCAGAGUGUAUGUUGUAUACUAGUUUUUUGUCAAUGAGAUUAUUUUUGUUGGUAAUUUUUUUAAA